AUCUCUGUGGAUGCUGCAGAGGCUCCGGAGGACGAGGAGGAUGUGCUCGCGGAAGUUUCCGUGAGCGAGGCGGAAAAGAAAGCGGAGGAGGAGGGCAAUGACCCUGAUGCCUAUGCGGCAGCUGUGAAGGAGUCUGCAGAUGCAGUCCAAGGUGCCGACGGAACCGGGAGCGAUUCAUCGUUGGGAUCCAAGGGGACCUUCGUUGUUUGGCCGUUUCGGUCAUGCAUUGCCUGCUGCUUAAAAGCCAGCUUUUCCACCAGAUCCAAUGUACUGUAG